AUGACUGCAGCAGAUCUCCGUGCACAGAACCUGGCCGGUGGCACCGGAAGCAGCCAGGAGUCCAACCCGGACGACCGCCGAGUCUCCGGCGCUUUGGAGUUGGAGCUGCCGGACCCGGUCACCUUCUCUUCGGACCCGGCGGCCGAGACCGCGGCUCAGGCAGCUAUCUCCGAGCUGGUUGGCCAGAGUGGGACGGACCUGUCAACCCUGGCAGUGUCGCUGAUGCCAGCGGUGAAUCAAAACCACACCGUGGACUGUUGGUACAGUCUGGUGCUCCCCGAAGCGGAGGCCCUGGCGGUCGCCGGUCGACUGCACGGCGUGGAGACGAGCGAGGCCACUCAGCACCUAGGUGCCGAGCUCCUGCGCUUGGGCCUCUCGAGCAGCGUGACGGUGAAAGGCAUCACAGCCACCGUGACCUCCACCCGCACCUGA